AUUGUGAAUUGAACAUGCCAGUCUUUUUAAAUUGAGGACCAAUUAAAAUAACGUUCACAGUCCCUUUGAAGGAGUUUUAUUAAAGAGUUGAACAAGUGCACGAUGCACGUAUCUAUCCUAUGUUAGACCCGGGAGCUCGGUUAGUUGCAGCGUCUUCGGAGCGCGUAGAUUUUUCUCAGUUCCUCUUAGGUCGCGCAGGAGGAAAGACGUUGCGGUGCGCUCUUGAUUUCCGGACGAUUACGUGAAUGAAACCAGGCAUAUUUAUAUUAACGAAACAGUGAUGUUUGGAUAAAUAAUGUAUUUGAGUGAACACAAUAUGCGUGUAAAACAAACCGCCAAAUUGGUUUUGGUAGUAACUGUACUGUACUGUACACAACACUGUACUGCAAGUGAUCUAACAGUAAAAAUUGGAGACAUUCAACAACCGUACAAUUGUACACUGUUCCUUGACAAUUUAGAGGUUUUGCUGGACAAAGCUGUCAGCUAUGUGGACGAUAUUGUUAGACAAGUCCCGAUUCGUUCAGUCCAGGUCCUUGUACCCAGACAUUGGGAUUUCUCAAGGUGUAGUCUACAGGAUGGUGGAAGAGGACCCAGAACCACCACCUAUGGAAAGAGUUCUGGAGAUUUGGAUAUUCUCAUUGGAAGUUCAAAUCCUGGAUUUCAAAACACACCUUGGGCUCUGCAACAUAGGGGUUGUGGGAGAAGAGGUUUAUACGUGAAUCUGCCUAUAGAGUUCAUUGGACACAAGGAUACAAUCCUCAAUUCAGAAGAUAAAGGUAGACACUUUUAA